UUUUUAUCAAACUAAUACUACCCUAAAUUUGAAAAAAAAAAUUAACAUUUGUAUUUGAUCAAAGUCUAGGUAGGUGAAAAUUGUAGGCCCAAAAUAGAAGCGAGCCCAGAACAGAUCCAUCUCGGCGCAACCAGCUCAUCACACGUGUCGCCAAUAAAAAAUUCCCGGGGGCUAGUUCCGUCAUUUCGACGCCAGCACCGCAUAGCCUCUUUUUCUGAAAAAAGAAAAAAGAAAAGAAUAAUAAAAUAAUCCGAAAAAUCUCUGGGCCUCACCCCUCUCUCUCUGCCGCUCUGGGGAAGUGGAAAGAAGAGAACCAACUGUCAUUUUUGCACAAACUAAAAAGCAGUUUCACUUCACGAGCACUCUCUCUCUCUCUCUCUCUUAUCUCUCUCUCUAGAGAUAACGCACACACACACACACACUGAUUCACGUAUAAAGUAGUGGAGUAGUAUAUAAAUAAUAAGCUCUCUCAACUGAUUCCACUUUAUUUUAACGCCAAUAAAGUGACGCACUACGAUCAUGGAAAUCCGAUACAAAAAAGGAGGAAACCUAUGGUCAAAUUAUUGGUGGUGAGGUGUUGCGGGUAAGUGAGUUCUUCACGAGGGCAUGCUGCAGACCUAUCUCUAUCUUUACUCACCUGAACUCCCUCGCCCUUCCGUGAUUCAUCUCGCGCCACGUCGGUUGCCCUUUUCUGUUUUGGGGAAUUUUCCCGGCUUAUUUUAUUGGGUUUUCGAGGGACUUGAUGGGAGCUGCUUGAUUGCGGCGAUCGUGCCUUCUGUUUCGGGCAAUUAAGGGCGGGGGAAGAUAAUUUCGGGAUGGAUCGACCGCCGGUCACGGGUGGCGGGCCGCCGGGGAUGGACAUGCCGAUCAUGCAUGAUAGCGAUAGGUAUGAGCUGGUUAGGGAUAUCGGCUCGGGUAAUUUCGGGGUGGCUCGGCUCAUGAGAGAUCGCCAGACGGGCGAGCUUGUUGCUGUUAAGUACAUCGAGAGGGGCGAGAAGAUUGAUGAAAAUGUGCAGCGAGAAAUUAUCAACCAUAGGUCUCUCAGACACCCCAAUAUCGUCAGAUUUAAAGAGGUUAUACUGACACCGACACAUUUGGCAAUUGUGAUGGAAUAUGCAUCUGGAGGAGAACUCUUUGAACGGAUAUGCAAUGCAGGGAGAUUCAGUGAGGAUGAGGCAAGGUUUUUCUUCCAGCAACUCAUAUCAGGUGUCAGCUACUGCCAUGCUAUGCAAAUUUGCCACCGUGAUUUGAAGUUGGAGAAUACGUUACUCGAUGGAAGCCCAGCUCCUCGGCUGAAAAUCUGUGAUUUUGGGUACUCAAAGUCGUCGGUGCUUCAUUCACAGCCAAAGUCAACAGUUGGUACCCCUGCAUAUAUUGCCCCAGAAGUGUUGCUUAAAAAGGAAUACGACGGAAAGAUCGCAGAUGUCUGGUCUUGUGGAGUAACUCUAUAUGUCAUGUUGGUUGGUGCAUAUCCAUUCGAGGACCCCGAGGAACCCAAAAACUUCAGAAAGACUAUACAGCGGAUCUUGAACGUUCAGUACUCCAUCCCGGACUAUGUUCAUAUAUCUCCAGAAUGCCGUCAUCUGAUCUCAAGGAUCUUCGUGGCGGACCCUGCAAAGAGGAUUUCAAUCCCGGAGAUAAAGAACCACGAAUGGUUUCUAAAGAACCUCCCGACGGAUCUCAUGGACAACAACAUGGCAAACAAUCAGUUUGAAGAACCAGAACAACCCAUGCAGAGUGAUAGUGAGAUUAUGCAGAUAAUAACCGAGGCUACCAUCCCGCCUGCUGGAACCAACAGUCUGAACCAGUAUCUCACGGGGAGCCUCGACAUUGACGACGACAUGGACGAGGAUCUUGAAAGCGACCCGGACCUUGACAUCGAUAGCAGUGGAGAAAUAGUCUAUGCUAUGUGACUUGUGUUACAAGAAGGAUGCUCUGUUUCCAGCUCCAUUGCUUUUAAGCCUGCAAGCAAAGAAAGUUUGUUAUCUUCUCUACAAAUAGCAUAGCAUUCUGUAGUUUGAUGAUUUCCAAAUCAACUGUUUGUUUGCUGUGUUUCAAUCUUACCACUGUCUUUACUGCUGGAAUUUAGUAUUUUUAUAGAAUUUAUUGUUGUUGAA